AUGACAAAAUCAUCAGUGAUAAUAAAUGACGAUCAUGGUUGUGAUCCACAGUUGGCCAGACAAUGGCAUGAUUAUGUCGCUUGUAAAUUAGAUUCUGGUCGUUCACGUAUAUGGUCGGAAAUAAUUUCACGUAUUGAACCAAUUUUAAAUGUUGUUGGUCAAGUUGCCAAAAGUAUGACGUUUGAUCAAAUCGCUUCAUUAUUAUCUACAAUAAAUCAUUUUGUACAUAUUGGUGAAGAAUUUUGUGAAUGUUCAGCGAAUGAACUAUUGGAAGCUUUACGAAUUUCCAUUCAAAAAUAUUUUAAAGACUUUCAUCGAAAGCAUAUGGAUCGACUUAAAAUGUUUUUAGAAAAUGAAACAUGGGAAAUAUGUCCUGUCAAACAGUCAUUCACAAUAAUGGAUCUUCAAGAAUUUAUAGCAAUAAAAGAUUUAUUUGAAAGUAAUACAACUAAUAACAAUACUACUAACAGUGGCAAUAGUAGUAGUAGUAGUGGUGCUAAUAAAAAUAUUACAGUUGGUGGGAUGAGCAAAUUUGUGGGUGGUAAUAGCAAUAACAAUCCAACAAUCGUUUCUUCAAAAUUACAAGACAAAAAAUUAUUUACUUUCCCUUAUACACUUAUACAAUUUUCUGAUGACACUGAAACUAAUAAUAACAGCAAUGAUGAUAAUAGUAGUAAUGAUAGUAAUGUUAUUGAUCCUGAUCAUACUCAAAAAAACACUCCCAAUUUAAUGAAUUCAUCGUCAGUAUCACUAUCAAUCAAUAUUGGGACUAGACAGUGUUCAAAUACAAAUUCUUCUUCCCAUGAAAUUGUUGGUGAUAAUAAUAAGUUUAUUACAAAUCCACAAAAUGAUUUUUCUAAUGAUACAUCAUUUUCAAAUGAUCAUAGCGGACCGCUGUUAUCAACAACUACAUUAGAAGUUCUUCGUUUAAUUGGUCGAUACUUACAAAUGAUGAGGCUUUUACAGCCAAUCGCUGGUGAAGUGAUGCAUUGUCUAUGCCAAGUGUUUGAUUAUUAUUUGUACUCCAUUCUUAAUCUGUUUGGUCCUAUUCAAAUUUCGAAUUCAUCUGAAUUGCCAGAACGUUUACGGACUACAAUAAAACGUAUCAAUGAACGUUUAAUAACAACUGAUAGUCAGAGUAUUUUAACAGGGGAUCGAUUUUCCCUUCCUAUGCAUGGACCUAUUGAGUUAUUGAAUACAAUGAAUCCCACUGAAAAUAAUUCAACAAUUAGUGCAGAUAAUAGUAAUAAUAAUACUGAACGUGAACAUCAGUUAGUACAAAUUUAUGUCGUUGCAGUAGAAUCAGUUAUUUUUCUAGCAGAUAUUUUAGAAACAAUUCUUCUUCCGCACUUAACUGUAUGUCUACCGGAUAAUAAACGUGGUCUAGUACUUGUAUUCCGUGAACAAUCUUUAGUGGCAGCGAGACAGAUUCGCGAACCAUGUGCAAACGAAUUAGUACCGCAUUUGCUAAAUAUUAUUAUCACUAAAAUGAAUGAUGUGACAGCAAAAAAUUGUAGACAGUCAACAACAACCAACAGUACAUCGAUUACUUCAAGUUUCAUUAGGAUAUGGCCGAUUGGAUCCAAUACAAGUCAGCAGCAACAACAACAGCAACAGACUAUGGAUAAAGAAUCACCUGUUUCAAAUAAUAAUAAUAAUACAAGCUCACCAUCUCCAUUAUCAAUACAUAACAACCUUAUUUCAUCAAACUUAUCUAAUUCAAUUGAUGUAUUAGCCAUGCAUAUCUGUGCAUUGAAUUGGUCAACUAAAGAAGUGGCUAACACCCCAAAUUCAUAUGUUUAUGAUAUCAAUAUCAAUAUUUUUCAUCAUUUGUCAUCAGUUUUAGAAAAUAUAUCACAAAAAUUUCAUUUACAUGAUCAUGUAUUCAUGAUUGUCAUUUGGAAAACAUUACUAUCCUGUCUAGCAUUACAAUUACUUGAAGCUUUAAGUCGUGUACAACAGUGCUCAGAUGAAGGACGUGGUCAAAUGUUGUUAGAUAUACAAACUUUAGCCGUAUACGCUCAAUCCGUUAGUAAAAUACGGACAUUUCCUAAACUGGACUAUUUAAUCGAAUAUAUCCAAGCAUUCUAUAUACCUGUACACGAAUGGGAACAUUGGUUAAAUAACUUUGGAACUAAAUAUUCACGAGCCCAGCUAGCAGGACUUGCAUCGUGUCUUUCAAGAUCGGAUAAACGUCAAUAUCAACGACUUAUGAAUACGAUAAAUCAAAUUUACAAUACAGCAAAUCAAACUACUUCAUCUGGAAAUAGUUUGUUGACCACUGCAACUAGUUGA